AUGGGCAACGCGGGGAGCAUGGAUUCGCAGCAGACCGAUUUCAGGGCGCACAAUGUGCCUUUGAAGCUGCCGAUGCCCGAGCCAGGUGAACUGGAGGAGCGAUUUGCCAUCGUGCUGAAUGCUAUGAACCUACCCCCGGACAAAGCCAGGUUACUGCGGCAAUAUGAUAAUGAGAAAAAGUGGGAACUGAUUUGUGAUCAGGAACGAUUCCAGGUGAAGAAUCCUCCCCAUACAUACAUUCAAAAGCUCAAAGGCUAUCUGGAUCCAGCUGUAACCAGGAAGAAAUUCAGACGGCGUGUUCAGGAAUCCACACAAGUGCUAAGAGAACUGGAAAUUUCUUUAAGAACCAACCAUAUUGGAUGGGUCAGAGAGUUUCUGAACGAAGAAAACAGAGGUCUUGAUGUUCUAGUGGAAUAUCUAUCGUUUGCGCAGUACGCGGUCACUUUUGAUUUCGAAAGCGUGGAAAGCACUGUGGAGAGCUCGGUGGACAAAUCAAAGCCCUGGAGUAGGUCCAUCGAGGAUCUGCACAGAGGGAGCAACCUGCCCUCCCCCGUGGGCAACAGUGUGUCCCGUUCGGGAAGACAUUCUGCGCUGAGAUAUAAUACUUUGCCAAGCAGAAGAACCCUGAAAAAUUCAAGAUUAGUGAGUAAGAAAGAUGACGUGCAUGUCUGUAUCAUGUGUUUACGUGCCAUCAUGAAUUACCAGUAUGGUUUCAACAUGGUCAUGUCUCAUCCACAUGCUGUCAAUGAGAUCGCACUGAGCUUGAACAACAAGAAUCCAAGGACAAAAGCCCUUGUCUUAGAACUGUUGGCAGCAGUUUGUCUUGUCAGAGGCGGGCAUGAGAUCAUUUUAUCAGCAUUUGACAACUUUAAGGAGGUUUGUGGGGAAAAACAGCGCUUUGAGAAGUUGAUGGAACAUUUCAGGAAUGAAGACAAUAACAUAGAUUUUAUGGUGGCCUCGAUGCAGUUUAUUAAUAUCGUAGUCCAUUCAGUAGAAGACAUGAAUUUCAGAGUUCACCUCCAGUAUGAAUUUACCAAGUUAGGCCUGGAUGAAUACUUGGAUAAACUGAAGCACACGGAGAGCGACAAGCUCCAGGUGCAGAUUCAAGCUUACCUGGACAACGUGUUCGAUGUGGGAGCUCUGCUGGAAGAUGCUGAGACCAAGAAUGCGGCCUUGGAGAGGGUCGAAGAGCUGGAAGAAAACAUUUCUCAUUUGUCUGAAAAACUGCAAGACACGGAGAAUGAAGCCAUGUCCAAGAUUGUGGAACUGGAAAAGCAGCUCAUGCAGAGGAACAAGGAGCUGGAUGUUGUUCGAGAAAUCUACAAAGAUGCAAAUACCCAGGUUCACACAUUAAGGAAAAUGGUCAAAGAAAAAGAAGAAGCCAUUCAAAGACAGUCAACUCUGGAAAAAAAGAUUCAUGAACUGGAGAAACAAGGGACCAUUAAAAUUCAGAAGAAAGGGGAUGGGGACAUCGCCAUACUGCCAGUCGUGGCUUCUGGCACAUUGUCCAUGGGGUCAGAAGUGGCAGUGGGUAACUUUGUGGGACCAGUAACGGGGGUCGUCUCCUCGGGACCCUUGCCCCCUCCUCCCCCCCCACUACCUCCAUCGGCAGACAUGCCUGAAGCAGUGCAAAAUGGUCCAGUAACGCCACCCAUGCCACCACCGCCCCCGCCCCCACCCCCUCCCCCGCCUCCUCCCCGCCACCCCCCUCCCCCCCCUCUCCCAGGCCCUGCAGCUGAAACUGUGCUGGCUCCUCCUUUACCACCUCCUCCUCCUCCCUCUGCACCCCCGCUGCCCGGGACGGCCUCACCCACAGUGGUUUUCAACUCAGGAUUAGCAGCUGUGAAAAUUAAGAAGCCAAUCAAGACGAAAUUCAGAAUGCCAGUUUUUAACUGGGUUGCCCUGAAACCAAAUCAGAUCAAUGGCACGGUCUUCAACGAAAUUGAUGAUGAGCGAAUUCUGGAGGAUUUAAAUGUGGAUGAAUUUGAGGAAAUAUUUAAGACAAAAGCCCAAGGUCCUGCCAUUGAUCUUUCUUCAAGCAAACAGAAGAUAACACAGAAGGGAUCCAACAAAGUGACAUUACUAGAAGCAAAUAGGGCCAAAAAUCUUGCCAUAACUUUAAGGAAAGCUGGAAAGACUGCUGAUGAGAUAUGUAAAGCUAUACAUGUAUUUGACUUGAAGACAUUGCCUGUAGACUUUGUAGAAUGUUUGAUGAGGUUCUUGCCAACUGAGAACGAGGUGAAAGUGUUUCGGCUCUAUGAGCGGGAAAGGAAGCCCCUGGAGAACUUGUCAGAUGAAGACCGGUUCAUGAUGCAGUUCAGUAAAAUUGAGAGACUCAUGCAGAAGAUGACCAUCAUGGCCUUCAUUGGGAACUUUGCGGAAAGCAUUCAGAUGCUGACUCCUCAACUGCACUCAAUUAUAGCAGCAUCUGUCUCUAUAAAGUCAUCCCAAAAACUCAAGAAAAUUCUGGAGAUCAUCUUGGCCCUUGGAAACUAUAUGAAUAGCAGUAAACGAGGAGCAGUUUAUGGAUUUAAACUUCAGAGUUUAGAUCUGCUCUUAGAUACAAAGUCAACAGACCGAAAGCAAACACUGUUGCACUACAUUUCAAAUGUGGUAAAAGAGAAAUAUCACCAAGUGUCCCUGUUUUAUAAUGAGCUUCACUAUGUGGAGAAAGCUGCUGCAGUCUCCCUCGAAAAUGUGUUGCUGGACGUCAAGGAGCUCCAGAGGGGCAUGGACUUAACCAAGAGGGAGUACACCAUGCAUGACCACAACACACUGCUGAAAGAGUUCAUCCUCAACAAUGAGGGGAAGCUGAAGAAGCUGCAGGAUGAUGCCAAGAUUGCACAGGACGCUUUUGAUGAUGUGGUAAAGUAUUUUGGAGAAAACCCCAAGACGACGCCACCCUCUGUCUUCUUUCCUGUCUUUGUCCGGUUUGUGAAAGCCUAUAAGCAAGCAGAGGAGGAAAAUGAGCUGAGGAAAAAGCAGGAACAAGCACUCAUGGAAAAACUCCUGGAGCAGGAAGCUCUGAUGGAGCAGCAGGAUCCAAAGUCUCCUUCCCACAAAUCAAAGAGGCAGCAGCAAGAAUUAAUUGCAGAAUUAAGAAGGCGACAAGUGAAAGAUAACAGACAUGUAUAUGAAGGCAAAGAUGGUGCCAUUGAAGACAUUAUCACAGCCUUAAAGAAGAAUAAUAUCACUAAAUUUCCAAAUGUUCACUCGAGGAUCUUAGAAACCAACCAUACAGACGAGCCGAUGCGGUGAGGAGAAGUGUCAGGCGGCGCUUUGAUGAUCAGAACUUGCGUUCUGUUAAUGGUGCCGAGAUAACCAUGUGAACCUGAGACCUGCCUCUAUGAGUAGAGAGUAUGCGUGAAUGAAACUUUCCACAUGAACUUUACGUGCUACCAUUUAACUGCAACCUUGAACAUUGACAAAAUAUUCUAAGGGCUCAGAUUUAGCAAACACAUAGGAAUUUAAAAAUGACGGGCUCUCCUUUCAACCUUUGUUAACAAGUGCCUAAAAGUGGAAGUACCUGCUCAGAUUAAUCAAAGCAAUAGGGUUUGAUUUGAUUAGGUAUCUUUUUACACCAGUAUAUUAUCCAAUUUUUUAACCAAAAUGUAAAUUUCGUAUUACACUCGUUAUCUGCCAUUGUGAUUGUCCCAUGAUGGCACACCCUGGUUUCCUGAUAAGUUGUAAAUAACAUGGAUGCAUCUGCUGUGGGUUUCCUUUGCUGAGAUGUCUUUUAAGGAAUUUCAUUUGUUUUAGACAUACCCAUCAACUGUCUUUUUAAGGGCUUGCAACGUGGAAGAAGGAAAAAGUCACAUACGCUCCUGUCCAUAACCAAGCCCCAGCACAGUACAAACAGGAUGCAUUGCAGUGGCAAAGAAGUCACUCAGCUGUGUCUCGUUUUACACUCUACACUGCUAUGCUAGGGCGUGAUGCCCCGGAGAGUUCACCAGUAUGAAAGCAAGGGUAUGAUGGCAUACAAAUUUGUGUAAGAUUUUUUUGCAGUACUGUGUUCUUCAGCUAGAGGCAGCUUUUAAAAUAAUAAUGCAAAUGUAUUUAUUAAUUAGCACUAAAAUUAACAUCUCAGUAAUCAGUAUUAGGAUUUCUGAGACCAUUAUGGGCCUAUCCUGAGAACAGAAAUUGGUGCCUUGCUAGCCAGGGAGAAGUUCACUAGCUCUAUCAAGCAUUCAAGAUUACUUCUGCUAGCUAGUAGUGAUAGUUAACCUAGCCUUAUUCUCCUGACAAUCGCAGGUCCCCACCCCCACUUCUUCCUCCUUUUGUAAAUCGGAUAAGAUAUAUUUGGCAUCAUUGCUUUAUGGGGAAUUGCAAUUAAAUUGCUUGAAAUAUUCACAUUGGGAUUAAGCUUAAAUGGUAUGUAAUGGGACUAAAUGGCCAACUAAGCCAGUUAUUUUUCCUUCCUCUCUGGCAGGGCACUUGAUCCAUUCCAAAGUCAAAAACUGGACUAAAGCCAAUUUGUACUUUUCAUAAUAAACAUUCUGCUUCUGGCUUACCUUCUUGGUACAUUACAUCAAUAUAUUAAUUGUAAAGUUUAUUGUAUAGUAUUUAACCACUGAAUUUCUUAUUUUAUGUUGUGCUUAUGUGAACUCCUUGGUGAAGGUCCCAUUUUCCUUGGAUAAUGUGUAGUUAUAUGAUCUCUUUUUAAAUGUACAGAUAUUUUGCUAUAAAAUUGGUGCAGUUUUUUAUGGUUUUUACACUUUAAUUCCCACCUAAGCCUCUGGGUAAUAUUGUAAAUAUUGUUUAAAAAUGCAUCAGCCUGUGCUAUACAAUCUGAAUGUUAUUUUAACUUAUAGUUUUUUUUUUAAUAUAUAUAUUUAACUACAAGGACAGCUUAGGGAUCAGUUACAUUUCACUUUAGCAUACCUAUUUACAAAAAAAUUACUUUUAAAACUGCCACCUGCUAGCACAUUUUCUUGAAUGUGUACUUUAAAAAAGAACAUGCCAAGAUUUUGUCUGUUAACAUUGAUUUUGAUGAAAAAAGCAAUUUGACCAUGAUACACCACGAGUAGUUGGCCCUUUAUGACAAGGAGCUGUUUUCCAAAGCUCAAUGCUAAUAAGCAUAUAUUAAAAUAAUUGCAUAUUUAUUAAUCAAAUAGACAAUAAUGUUGGCAUGUUCUUUUCUGUUUAUUAAUGGGCUUGCUUCUUAGCAAUAUUAGAAAUGUUUUAUAAAAAAGCAGUUCAUGUUACUUUUCUGGUCUUUUCAUGACAUAUGAGCAAAUAAACUAUUUACACUACUA